AUGAUUUUCUGGUAUUUGUACGAUGUCGACAUCUGCACCAAAGAGGUAUUAUUACCACAGAUGAGGUAUAGGAGCAGAGAUUUAGCAUCCAAUAUUUUACGCAGCGUUCGAUUCAAUCGAAUCGCAAUGGGAAACCGCAAAUUUCGACGGCACCCUUAUCAAGUGUGCGUUACAAUUUUGGAGGCGAGGCACUUGCCGCAGAAUGCGAGUCCUUUGGUGGUUGUUAAAGUCGGCAAGCAGAAGAGGAAGACGGUGGUUCGCGAGAAAACCGACGAGCCAGUUUACAAUGAAUACUUCGUGUUCGACUUGUCCUGCGACUUGGAAGAGCUGUUGAGUAGCAGGAUCGUUAUAGCUGUUUAUAUUAAACACUAUCUGCGCUUGAAAUUUCACGGAAGCGCGAGUUUCGAAGUGGCCAUUGUGUGGGAACAACCAGACCGUCAAUUCUAUCACAAAUGGGCGAUGUUGACGAACCCGAAGGACUUAGCUUCCGGAUCGAUGGGUUACGUUAAAUGUAACAUUACGAUAAAUGUAAAAGGGGAGAAGAUGAAGGUGCAUCCGGAGACGGACGGUGAGGAUGACAUUGAAGGGAACCUAUUGCUGCCGUUUGAUGGCAUGACACUGGCGUACAGGAGCCACGCGCGCUAUAUUUUUGCAAUUUACCGGGCGGAUGGGCUGCCGGACAUGAGCAGCGUGUGUUCAAAAACCGAUUUCGAGAAUAUCAAUCCGUACGUGCAAAUAUCUUUCGCUGGGAUGAAGGGGACGACCAGCGAGGCAUGGCAGACUUACGGGCCCAGGUUUAACGAGAAAAUUAUCUUCAGGGAAAUGUUCCCCUCGCUCUGCCAACGCGCGAGGAUCGCCAUAAAGCACCGCGUUAAUAGCUGUCAAACUUGUGUUGUCGCGUCUCACAUUCUCAACUUGCAGAAGUUGUCGCACUCUGGGGAAUACGGUUUCCUGCCGACUUUCGGACCGUCGUUCCUCCACUUUUACGGCUCCGGCUCCGGCGCCGCAGAAAGCAGCAGCUGUUUCGGCAAGUGCCUGACAGCCCUUCCCUUCUACCGUGGCAGAGUUCUUCUAUCCCUAAAAACGGAAAUGGAUGACCCAGAAGCGUCGACCGGAAUCGGCACCGAAACAGAGCCCACGGCUCCCAUCAUCGAGAACCGUUUAUGGGAAACGGAAGAGUACGUCCUCCUCGCGAUCCUCUACGACGCGAGCAUGAUCGACCGGCGAAAAUUCCGGCUGAAGCCGAUAAGCUUCGAAAUUAGUCUCGGGAACGCGGGGAACAGGCAAUUCGCGCACAGCCAAUGCUCCGAGGACAACUACGACGGUAUCGAGUUAUCGAGGCUUCAUUCUUGAUAUCUCUUUGCGGGAUCGGCUGUGAAAUCGGUGUGGCAUCGAUGGAACCAUUGCUCGUUAAUACGGUCGAGAGUUUGCGUUCGGAUGCAGGAUAGGUUCACCGUAAAAUGUGAUUAAUUAUCAACAGGAAACCGGAUGCCAGAGCGGAGACCGGACUUCGAGAGCGGCACCGUUCCACGACUGACUGGUUCGCUGGAUGGCAAAUAUAAUUAUCUGCCUCUUGGCUCGCGAAAACCGUGCUUGUACGUCAAGUCCUGGUGGCCUGACCUCGAGUGGAGGAUGCACAAUAGCAACAGCCUGGGCCGUGUCGCCGAUUUCCUAGGGCAGAAGUUGGAGACACUUGGCGGAAUGGCAGCGUUAGAGGACCCGGAAGCCUACAAACUCUACAACGAAACGAUCCGCAGUCUACAGGACUAUUUCAGCCGGUAUUUGCAUAGGCUGGACUCGGGCCGGUGGUACGAGCACGGCGGAACAACCAGGCUCGAUCGACAUCGCGUGAACCUUUGCCGUAAAGAGAUCGAGAGCAUCCUACGGAGGAUCAAGAUCAACGGGGAACUGCCGAACAACCGCUACCUCAGGAUCGCGAUGGCGCACGGGUACCAGUACCUGAAAAAGGUGAAGAAGUUACGGGAAGAUCACAGUCUCCCGGACGUUUUCAUCUGGAUGAUAUCCGGAUCGAAGCGCGUCGCCUGCACGCGGCUUCCGGCGGAGGAAUUGAUCUACUCGGAGGACGCGGCCGAGAGGGGCCACAAAUGCGGCCGAAAGAUCGACGUGUUCAUGAGAAAUCCGUCGGAGAGCGGCGAGGCCGAUUACGCUGCCUGCAAGAUCGAGGUCUACCUCUGGCUGGGAACGACGGAGCACGUAAACGCGUCCUGGUCGACGGUUCCGUCGGGGUACAACGUGGAACACGAGAGGAACGUCGACUCGUUCCCGAAAUACGUGGAGUACAUUCGCUCCUCGGUAUUCCAAUUACGCGCUCACAUAUUCCAAGGUCGCUUUGAUCCCGGGAUGGACGCAUCCGGCUUAUUGGAUCCACUCGUACGUGUUGCGUUUCAUGGUUACUCAGCCGUCACCAGAGCGAUCAAGCAGACUCUGGAUCCCUUCUGGGAUCAAACGCUGAUCCUGCCGCCUCGAACCAUUUACGGAACGAAGGACUCGAUCAAGAAGCACCCUCCGAGCGUGGUGGUGGAGGUGUACGAUCAGGACAUAUGCGGCAUCAAGGAGUUCUGCGGAAGAUGCACAGCCAUCCCAUUAGUUAAACUCGCGGAGGAAACUUACUCGCCACCUGAUUUCCCACCGAAACUUGAGUGGUACAAAUUUAAAUCGCAAAGGGACUCCACCGGCUCCGUGCUCGCUGCCUUCGAGCUGAUAGAGGUCGGGGAAGACGGGGCGACGGACGAGCCGAUAAGCGGCGCGAAACAGGAGAUUGUAUACAGCAUACCGGAAGACAUCAGACCGAAAAUGGCGAGCUACCGGCUCGAAGUAAUAUUUUGGGGCGUUCGGGACAUGAAGAAGAUAAAUUACGUGCCGGUUCUGAGGCCACGGAUUAUUAUAGAGUGCGCCGGGGUCGACGUCAAGUCCGAGGUGAUGGAGAACGCGAAGAAAUUUAGUAAUUUCGAGGAGCCUCGUAUCGUCGUCGACUUGGAAAUGCCUGAGCUGGAAGUCUACUAUCCCUCUGUCACCAUAAAAGCUUACGACUCGCGUGGAUUUGGCUGCUUUAAGUACGCCGGUAUAUGCAUCGUACCGAGCGUUCACGUCUUCCUGGAGCAAUUAAUAACGGAAGAGGAUUACGAUGCGCAGAUAUACCAGACGAAAUUGAAGUCUCUUUGGACGAAGAAGCAAUCCGUCAUUCUGCCAUUGCCGAUCGACUACGACUCGACGAGGGACGAGAACAAAGGCUUGAUCCCGUACAAGAAGAUGGCCGGCGAGGAUUCCCCUCUGAGGAUUCUCGGGAUCCUGCGGUCAGUGAAGAAGCUGUUCGCGCGUUUGCUGAACACGGGGGCCAGGAAGAAGAAGCGGAAAAGGGCGGAACGUGCGAAGGAGGAGGACGAGUCGCUCGAUUGGUGGAGCAAAUAUUUCGCUUCCCUAGAGGUAUACGACGGGGAAUUGGAGGUGCAACCGCAGUUCGCCGGGUUUCAGGACCGUCUGAGGACGUUCGAGCUGUGGAUGGGCAGCAGAAGCGAAAAUCCUGAUUACGACAGCGAUAAUUACGUCGGCAAAUUCAAGGGCAAGAUCUGCGUGUACCGGUGGCCUCAUCCGGACGGUGCGACCUGUAAAACGAAAACCGGGAGGAACGUCGUCGACGGAAUAUGCGACGACUAUCCGUCGCCAGAGGUCGUCAGACUUCUGGUUAGACUGUACGUAGUGAAGGGCAUCAACUUACAGCCUAACGAUCCCCUAAGCGGGAAGUCCGACCCGUAUCUCUGCGUUAGCCUCGGAAAAACGUUCAUCAACGACAAGAAGAAUUAUAUACCCAACCAGCUGAACCCCACCUUCGGGAGGCUUUUCGAGAUCGAGGCCUCCUUUCCUCAAGACUAUCUGAUGGUGAUCCAAGUCUGGGACUACGACGCGACCUCCUCGGACGAUCUGAUCGGCGAGACGAAGAUCGACCUGGAGAAUCGAUUCUACAGUAGGCACCGAGCGACCUGCGGACUGUCGCAAAGAUACAAUUCGUCCGGCUACAAUGCCUGGAGAGAUCGCGAGAAACCGACGCAGAUCCUGCACAGUCUCUGCAAGAGGAACAACCUACCUUUGCCAGAAUAUAGAAAGGACGACGUGAAAAUCGGUCGCAGAAAAUUUCCCUGUGUCGAUGUCGAAUUGACGGAGGCUGAUCGGGAAGAAUGCCUGGCGCUGAACGUGCUUCAUCAUUGGCAUGAUUUCCCCGUUUGCGGUUGCACCCUGGUCCCAGAGCACGUCGAGCGACGGCCGCUUUUUAAUGCCGCGAAGCCCGGUUUGGAACAGGGCAAGCUGGAGCUUUGGAUCGACACGUUUCAAUUCGGCGAGCUGCCGCUGAAACCGGCGUCGGACAUCAGGCCGCUGAUGCCGCAAGAAUACGAGAUUCGCAUAAUCGUUUGGAAUACCGAGGAUGUGCCUCUCGUCGAUAGCCAAUUUCUUACCGGGGAGAAGUGCUCCGACGUUUACGUGAAAGGUUGGAUCCUUUACGACGAUUACCAGAAGACCGACGUCCAUUACAAUUCUCUGAACGGCGAGGGCAACUUCAAUUGGAGGUUCAUAUUUCGCGUCACCUAUUCGAAGGGCGAGCGAGUUAUGGUCGUGCGGAGAAAGGUGUCCGUCUUGGCUAGGAGCGAGACCGAGGACAAAUUGCCGUGCAAAUUGCAGCUGCAGGUUUGGGACAGCGAUCAUUUCUCUCCGGACGAUUUCCUUGGAGCCCUGGUUAUGGAUCUGUCGAGGAUGCCGCGCGGAAGCCCGAAUUCCAAAAACUGUACGCUGAAGCUGCUCGAUCCCAAACUGCCCACCAUGGAUCUGUUCAAAGUGACCAGGAUCAAGGCAUGGUGGCCGUUCCAGAAGAGCGUGGCCACGGGAGAAUACGUGCAGGCGGGGAAAGUCGAACUGGAAAUGUCAAUAUUACCAGCGGAGGAAGCCGACGAACAACCCGCGGGCAGAGGGAGGGACCCACCUCAGGAACUUCCGCCACCAAACCGACCGGACACUUCGUUCUCGUGGUUCCGGAACCCGUUCAAGGCGUUCCGCUACGUGGUGUGCCGUUAUUACAAAUGGCACAUCCUCUGCUCGCUCCUGAUCCUGCUGUUACUCAUGCUGCUCGCCGUGGGGAUCUACGCGUUCCCCGGGUACAUGGUGAAGCGCAUCCUCGGCGCUUAA